AUGUCGCUCGACGAGAAGAACAAUGUCAGCCAGCAGCGCGAUGAACGGGGGACCCAAGCCGAUGAUCAUCGGUACGCUCAGGUCCUUAAGCGUCAUGGCCGAGUGGAUUUGAUUCCCAUGCCCUCGGAUACCCCAGCGGAUCCGCUGAACUGGCCUUCCUGGCGCAAGAAUGUCCUGUUGUUGAUCGUUGCUUUCCAUGCCAUGCAGGGACCCCUCGGUGCAGCAAUCGUUAUUCCAGCAUUUGAAGAUUUUGUUCAAGACCUUGGGGUUUCAAUCGCAGAAGCAUCCUACUCGGUGUCUAUCGAAAUCCUGUUUAUGGGUGUAGCACCUUUAUUCUGGGCACCAAUAUCUAAGCGGAUAGGACGACGUCCCGUAUACCUUCUCUCAGCUCUCUUGUCUGCAGCAUUCGCGCUUGGAGGCGCUUAUACCAACUCAUGGGGCGCGCUCAUUACCACCCGCAUCUUCCAGUCCAUCUUUAUCUCGCCUGCACUCAGCGUUGGCGCAUCAACUGUUGAUGACAUGUUCUUUUCCUACCAGAGAGGACAAAAGAUGGGCAUAUGGACCCUCCUGGUGACGUGCGGUCCUAUCAUGGGUCCCUUGAUCUCCGGAUAUCUUGUUCAGUACAGAGGAUGGCGUGCUUCCUUGAUUCUCCUCGCCGCAAUCCACCUCGGGCUCUUCAUCGCUCACUUCUUCCUCGGUCCUGAAACUCUCUUUCUCAACCGCGUGCCGCCCGGAGAGCCGUAUGAUGAGGACGAAGUCGCUAAGCGCUCGGGCUGGCGCCCCUUCUUGUCGCUUCACGUUUAUUCGAAGCAGCCAUAUCGUGCAUCCGAGUUCUUCAGACCUUUCGCCAUGUUCGCCCGUCCAGCUGUCCUGUUGCCCACGCUUGCUUACACUAUGGCAUUCUCGUACACCAAUGUGCUCAUGACUAUAUUCGUCCCUCAGCUCUUUGGCGAGGCAUUUCACCUCACCCCGGGCCAAGUCAGCCUGCAGUUCAUCGCGCUACUGGUCGGUGCCCUCUUAGGCGAGGUGGUAGCCGGGAAGGGGAGCGAUGCUUUUGUCAACUGGCGUGCUCGGAAGAACGCCUCUGCCUUGGGCACGUCCGAUGGUGAAGACCCAACGCAACCAGUAUGGCGACCUGAAGAUCGGCUGAUGCUGGCGCCUCCAGGCUUUAUCCUGGCGCUAGUAGGCCUUAUUGUUUGGGGUGUGCAAUUGCAGGACGCAACUGUGGGUAAAUGGAAUAUAACACCAGAUAUCGGCUCCGCUAUCGCUGUCUUUGGGCAACAACUUGUCACGACGGUUUGCGUUACCUAUGCCAUCGAGUCGUACCGGUCGGAAACGGCAGACGUGUCUGUGUUCAUCUCUCUCACCCGGCAGACCUACGCCUUCAUCGCUCCUUUCUAUCUGUCAGUGGCGUACACGAACAUGGGCGACGCGAAGGCAUCGGGGCUAUUCGCAGCGCUCAUCGGGCUGGGUAUGCUGAUGGUGCUAGCCUGCAGCGUGUGGGGUCCUUCAUGGCGUGAGCGUUCGCAGAAGGCCGACUGA